AUGGCAAGUGUAGCGUCGACUAAUCUUCAGAAAAUUCUUCGUCAUCAUGUUCCAUUGAUAAAAUUUAAAUUUGGUAGCAAUGGAACAGGUUCAAUUGCUCAUUCAAAAACGAUAAAUGAAAAUGAGUCAAAGUCUCCAUCAGGAACGUCCAUCAACAUGUGGAAAAUUACUGAAAAAUCACCAACAGUUGAAUUUACAGAAUUACCGAAACGAUAUCGUAGAAGACCAUUGACACAAGAUGAAAUAGAUUUAGUAACGAGAGGUGGUCCAGCGUAG